AUGUCUGCCACCACCAACCAGGCCGAACAAGCCGUCUCUUACGCUGCCUUGAUCCUCGCCGACGAAGGUAUCACAAUCACACCCGAAAAGCUGCAAGCACUCCUUAAGGCCGCCGGUAUCGAGGACGUCGAGCCCAUCUGGACCACACUCUUCAGCAACGCUUUGAAGGACAAGAACGUCAAGGACAUCAUCCUCACCGCGACCACGGCCACACCUGCCGGUCGCGGUACAGCCUCGGAUAUCAGGGACGAUGAGAAGACAACUGGAGAGGAUGGAAGCGACGAGAAGGAAGGAGAGGAGGGUAUCGAUAUCGACGCGGACUCGGACGAUGGGUCUGCAUUUGGGGAUUUGUUUGGCUAG